AUGCCAAUUACCUCGUUAGAAUCUUUCUUAUUCGAACGGAAGCUAGUAAACGUUAGCUCUGUUGAAAUUCUCCAGAAUUCGACACUUGGAAUUGAUGUUGAGCACUACUUGGGUCGGAUUUAUACAUAUAAGAAGGAACAACUCUUGUUAGGUAUUGGUGGUGUGCCAGUCUCACUUAAGGCUUAUAUUGAAUCGGACCUAGCAGUCUUUAAGGAAUAUAACAUAAGACCAUUGUUUGUUUUUCCUGGUUUACUGAUACAUAAAAGCCAAAGCUCAUCAACUCACGAAUUAACAGAUGCUGAAAAGCACCGCGAGCUGACCUGGUCUCGUCUUUAUGCAAAAUUAUCAAGCUCCUCAGUGAACACUUCGACACACUUGAAUGAGUCAUUUCGUCUUCACAAUGAUCUGAUCUCUCCUCGUCCCAUGACAAACGACCUUAUAAAAUACUUCAUCGAGUAUGGUAUUGAUUUUUUGGUUGCACCAAAUGAUCCUUCUCAUCAAUUAUCGUACUUAUAUCACAGUGAGGUCAUUGAUUGUAUCUAUGGCUCAACCGAUCUACUUCUCACCCAAAUCGAUAAAUUUAUCUUGGGAAUGGAAUUUCUUUCAAAAGACUUUAGGUUUGUUGAUAAACAAAAAGUCCUUACGGAUUUGAACUUGACCGAAAGACAGCUUUGCGACGUCAGUAUUGUGUCGGGCUGCUCUGUACAACCUUCAACCUUUUCGACGCUUCCCCCAAUGCCCAAGCAUAACCCAGUUUCUCCAUUCCAGCAGAUGACACAAUUCAAAUAUGCUUUGGAUCUCAUGUAUCAGUACAAGUCCUUUAACAACGAUACCAAUCUUUACAAUUACGUUUCUGCUUUCAAUGACGAAGCUCUCUUGCAAACUUAUUUAAAAGGUAACGCAGCAGUCAAAUACAUGCCAGUGAUGGAUCAGAAUGGAGAUGUGGGUCUAUACAUCUCUGAUAUGGCGCAGCUACAAAGCUUCGCAAGUCUCAAUGUUUUUCAGGAGGAUUUAAACGAUGUUUCAGAUAAUGGAAAUACUAUUGGUGAGAGGGAUAAGAUAUGUGUACCCAAUGAGGUUCAUGAAGUCGUGUCCCAGCGUCUUCCAUCGGAAAUCUAUUUCUACUUAUCUAUUGGCCUUUUACCCACCCGGAUACUUGAAGCUAUUACUCUCAACGAAUUGCAUAUACGGCCGCCGCUCGAAGGAGGCCAGAGCGAGGGAUACAAGAAGCUUGUACUGUCUAACUUCGCUGACAACGCUUUUGAUGCCCAAUUGAAUUUGGUUACCCAACUCUUAGCACGGUAUUACCAGGUGAAGCGUGUUCCCGUAAAAUAUUGGUUUUCGGAAGAGCCGCACUUUCUCAACAGCAGAAGAAGCAUUCCGUUGUCGACUGACCUUACACGUUUCAAGAUAGCAAGCAGUGAGAACAAAUUUUCAAUAGCUUCCUUCUUCAAGGACUGUACAGGCUUCAAUGAAGGCUCGAAACCUGAAAUUGAACUCAUAAAAAUGAGUGAUUUGAUCUCAACAUCCAUGCUCAGAGCUCUUUACUUGCUUGACUUAUCUCAGCCGCAUCUUUCAAUUGCCAAAAUAAUAUUGGGAAUCCUAAAGGGCCUACUUUCCAAGCAUCCGGACUUAAAGAACGAUACUCUCGAGGAUAUUAUUCUUACGAUAGUUCUUGUUAGGCUUCAAUUCUUUGAUUUCUUUUCAUUGGAUAAAAACUAUCAAAGUGUUCCCAGUGUGUUUAAGAGUGGCUCUCAAUCCACAUCUCAACUUUCUUCUAACACAAAAGCUCAAAUUGCUUUGAUCUCUCGGGGUCCAAUCUCGCGAAGUUUGUUGAGCUUUAGAAGUCAUCAUCAAUUUGUUCGACAGAUAUUGGGAGACUUUGUGAGAACCUCCCUUGUGGACUUGAUAACAAGGCUGCAAGGCUUGAAACUUCUGUUUGAAAGUAAAGAUGAUUGGUACUCGCUCGUCGACCAACUUCCCUUCUUUAGUGAUGCCAGCAACACAUUACUUGGCGUUGUUUGUGAAAUCUAUCUCGAGGGCUGUUCAAGCCUUUCACUUCUGGGCGUGAGCAAUGAGGAAUGUAGUCAGCGUUCGUUGCAACAUUUGCUCAAUAAUGUGAUGCAGAACACCAACCCGGCGUUCAACAUUAAUUUGGCGAGCUCGAAUAGCAUUACUGCAGAACAAAUGGUAUCCGAUUUACAAGUUGGCUCUGAAUUCUGGUCCUACUUUGUCUCAGCUAUGGAGAUCGGCAAUCAAUUUAUCUUGAUCAACGCUCUCGAGUUCACGAAACGCUCUGUAGAGCACCAUGUCUUGGCCUAUCUCAGUCUCGAUUCUUAA